AUGCGCUUGUGUCAGCAGUGGAUGUAUCUGGAGCGCUGUUCUUCGGUCUCGAACACGUGUUCCAAGUGUCAAGAUGUACUGAAGAUCACUAUAUUUCUGCAUUUUAUGGAUUCACUUCGCUAUCCGCAGUAUUCGAAUUCCUCGUGCCCCUUUCGUUAUUACUCUCUCAUCCAGCAUAUCGACGGCAUUCUCUUCUGCUUUAUGAACGACAGCAACCAAUGCGGAUACAACAUACAAUCGUCAAGGAUAAAACCUUACCAAAGGUUAUCAACGUCCUCGGCAUUGAAAUUGCAAAUGCUGGCGAACAAGCGUAUUUUGAGAAUCUCUCGCGGGUUUGGAAUCUUCGGCUGUAGAUUCUAG